AUAAGACCAAUGUUAAAUAUGCUUUAUGCUAAUCAUAUUGAUAAAAAUAGCUAAAAUACAGAAUAACAAAAGAUCUGGGCAGCAGUGAUAGAAAUCUUGCAUGUAGCUAGUUUAGUACAUGAUGAUAUAUUAGAUGCAUCAGAUACAAGAAGAGGAAUACCUGCAUCUCAUGUCAUUUAUGGUAAACAUAGAGCAACAUUCUCAGCUAAUUAUUUAAUUGGAAGAGCGUAAUUAAACAAUAUAAAAAUAAUAGUGGCAGAAAAAUAUCUGAAUUUAAUGAUAUUAGGAUGUUCUAAAUCUAUUCAUAAAUUAUGGAUAAUUUGACUAAUGGUGAAUAUUUAUAAGCAAUGAAAUAGAAGAGUUUCCAUAAUUUUCAUAUCACACUAUAAAAUUAUAUGAUUAAGACUUAUUAUAAAACAGCAGCUUUAAUUGCUAAUAGUUUAUAAGGAGUCUGUUAAUUAACUACCAUUAAAGAUACAGUAUGUCAAAAAUCAUUUAAUAUUGGAUUACAUUUGGGUGUUGCUUUCUAAAUUAUUGAUGAUGUAUUAGAUUAUACUUCUAAUACUGAAUAAUUAGGUAAAACUAGUUUAAAUGAUCUUAAAAGUGGAGUAUUAACUGGACCAGUAUUAUUUGAAUUGUUUAAUCAAUAAAAAAAUAAUUCACCUGAAUAUCAACUCAUGAACUCUGUCUUAUUAGGUUAAUCUAAAGAUUACGAUACUGUUAAUUCUAUUGUCUUGGCUGGAGAUGGCAUUGAAUAAAGCAAAUAUUUAGCUUAUUUACAUACUUAAGAAGCCUUAAAAAUAUUAUCAAGCAUCAACUCAUAACCAGAUUAAGAUUUGAUUUCUUUGAUCUUCAUGUUUAUCAACAGAAAUAAAUGA